AUGGAAGAAGAGUUUGAAUUAUCACCAUAUCAAUAUGAUAUCAAUCGUUUACAUGAUAUUGUAUACAAGAAUAUUAAGGAUAGGAUUUUAGAUGGUUUUGAAAGUUUUGGGUAUUAUAGUGAUGGUUCAACCUAUAGUAAUAGAGAAAACAGAAACAGCAACAACAACAACAAUCAUUUUACAAUAAAUAAAGAACAAAUGAAAUCAUUCAUACUACCAGAUAUAGUGAUUGAAAAGAUAAUUAGAGAUUCAUUAUGGUAUAUUGAUGAUAGAAUGGACAAAGUUAUUAUAAAUGAUAAUCUUUUAUCAUUUGCAUUAGUUUCAAAACAAUUCUUUAAAGUAUUAUCAAAAAUAUUAAAUAAUGAAUAUUUUGAAUGGAAGAAAUCAAUGAUACAGUUCGACAAUGAUAGCCAAUUCAGUUUAAUUAAACAACCACCAUUAUAUUUCGAUUAUAAUUCAAUUAGAUUAAUACCAUACUCAAGUAGUAGACAAUUUGUUGAAUUGCUAUUCUCAAGAAUUGAAUCAUUUUAUUUAAAAACUGAUGAAUAUGAUAUAAUAUUAAGUGAUAGCACUUUAAGAAAAUUCAAAUUUUGUUGUUGUCCUAACAAUAAAGUUUUUAAUGAAGAUAAAACCUAUAGACACGAUAUCAAUUCAAGUGGAUAUUUAAUUUAUCCACCACCAAUGCCAUCAUUACAAAGUAUCACUAUUGAUGAAUAUUAUGGAGUAUACUCUUCAAAUUAUCAAGAUUUAUUUACAAAUAUAUUAAUAGAAAAUUUCAAAAAUAUUAAAAUUAAUGAUAAUAGUUGUGCUGAUGAUGGUGGUGGUGGUGGUAGUAGUGGGGUUAAACGAUUCUCAAUUGGAUUUUAUAUUGACUGGAAUCGGGAUAUGAAAAAUGAAACUGAUUUCUUAAAACCAUUCUUAGAACAUCAUUUAAAUUCAUUAGAAAAAGUUGUAAUAGAUUGCUACCAUAAUCGUUUAAAAAUUUUCAAUCGAUUAAAAUCAUCUAUAAAUAAUCAAUCAAAGAAUAACAUAGAGUGGAUUUUACCUGAGGAUCCCUAUGGUACUACUGAUACUGAUAGUGACAGUAGUAAAUAUGGAGAUGAUGCCACUGAUGAUGAAUCAUUUUAA